AUGGCAACGGGCUCGGGCGGGGAGCGCGUGGCGGCGGCGGCCACUCGGUCGCGGCCGAAGCCGGCCCCGGCGCUGACGCCGACGCCGACGCGAGGCCUCUGCCAGCAGGGGAAGCCCAGGGGCAAAGGCCGCGGCUGGAAGCGGAGCUCGGGCCGCAGGGCCGACGACGGCGGCUGGCAGCGGGUGGUCACCGUGGACAGCUCCAAGGCCAAGACCUCCCUGGAAGCCCUGAAGAUCAGCAUCCGCCAGCUCAGGUGGAAGGAGUUUCCAUUUGGCCGACGCUUGCCUUGUGACAUCUACUGGCAUGGAGUUUCAUUUCACGACAAUGACAUAUUCUCUGGUCAAGUGAACAAGUUUCCAGGUAUGACAGAGAUGGUGCGUAAAAUCACCCUGAGCAGAGCUGUGAGAAUUAUGCAGACCCUCUUCCCCGAAGAGUACAACUUCUACCCUCGCUCGUGGAUUCUACCUGAGGAGUUGCAGCUCUUCACAACUCAGGUUCAAGUGGUGAAAGAAGGCGACCCCUCCUGGAAGCCCACUUUUAUUGUGAAGCCUGAUGGUGGUUGUCAGGGUGAUGGAAUCUACCUCAUUAAAGACCCCAGCGACAUCCGCCUGACUGGGACCCUGCAGAGCAGGCCAGCAGUGGUCCAGGAAUACAUCUGCAAACCUCUCCUUAUCGACAAGCUCAAGUUUGAUAUUCGUCUGUAUGUCUUACUAAAGUCCUUAGAACCCUUAGAGAUUUAUAUAGCCAAAGAUGGACUCUCUAGAUUUUGUACAGAGCCAUACCAGGAACCCAACUCCCAAAACAUGCACCAUGUCUUUAUGCACUUAACCAACUACUCGCUGAACAUCCACAGCAACAACUUCAUCCACUCGGACAGUGCCAACACGGGCAGCAAGAGGACUUUCUCUAGCAUUCUUUAUAGACUGUCUUCCAAGGGUGUGGACAUCAAGAAGGUGUGGUCUGACAUCAUCUCCUUGGUGAUCAAGACUGUCAUCGCCCUGACUCCAGAGCUCAAAGUUUUCUACCACUUGGACAUCCCCACGGGGCGGCCGGGGCCCACCUGCUUCCAGAUUCUAGGCUUUGACAUUCUUCUGAUGAAAAACCUGAAGCCUAUGCUACUUGAAGUAAACGCAAAUCCCAGCAUGAGAAUUGAACAUGAGCACGAACUUUCUCCAGGGGUGUUUGAAAAUGUCCCCAGCCUGGUGGAUGAAGAGGUGAAAGUGGCUGUCAUCAGAGACACUCUGCGCCUCAUGGACCCACUGAAGAAGAAAAGAGAGACCCAGUCUCAGCAGCUUGGAAAAACAGUAGCCAGAAAGGAAGAUGUGGACAGCAAGAACGCUGGGGGAGCCAACAGCAGCCCCGAGGCCCACCUGCCCUCCAUUUGCCUCAAACAGGUGUUCCCCAAGUACGCAAAGCAGUUCAACUACCUGCGCUUGGUGGACAGGAUGGCCAAUCUGUUUAUCCGAUUCCUGGGAAUCAAGGGGACCAUGAAGCUGGGACCCACCGGCUUUCGUACCUUCAUAAGGAACUGCAAGCUGAGUAGCAGCAGCCUGUCCAUGGCCGCCGUGGACAUUCUCUACAUCGACAUCACCAGGAGGUGGAACUCUGUGACCCUGGACCAGCGAGAGUCAGGGAUGUGUCUGCAGGCAUUUGUAGAAGCUUUCUUCUUCCUGGCCCAGAGGAAGUUCAAGAUGAUGCCGCUCCACGAGCAAGUGGCCUCGCUGAUCGACCUGUGCGAGUACCACCUGUCCCUGCUGGACGAGAAGCGCCUGCUGUGCAGCGGGGUGGGACGGCGGGGGACAGCGCCUGACCACAGCCUUCCGCAGGAGACAGUCCCCACUGCCCAGUCCACGGGCACCAUCGUGGGGGCCAGUAAGCUCUCCUACUCCAAGCCUGCUCUGUCCUGA